AGUGAAUAGAGAUUUGGGUGAUGAGGAGGGUAUGAUUUUCUAGCGGAAGAAGGCGGUAAUAUAUAGGGGGGGGGAACUUUCCUAGACAGGAGGGAACUUCCCUAGCCAGUAAGUCUCACGCGCGUGUCGGAUAAAUUAUAGCCCGUUAAUGCUAAUGUCGGCAUUGAUGAUUGCGUCUUCACUCGUUAUUAGGCCCAGCCUUAUACAACCCAAGGUCGAUGUGGCAACGCCUCACGCAGCGACCGAAGCUUUAAGUCAAUAUAUAGGGCUAGAAAAGACUGAGACGAAUCAAGUGCCGCUGGGAGCCAAUCUCUCAGUCUUGCCUCGCCUGACACCGAAAGAUCCCUCACCCAGACACAGCCAGAGUGGGAUCCCGAGGAACUCUCACAGCCUAAGGGCUUGCAAGGGUGGGCACCCUGCAACCGGGGGGCUUUGGUGGUUGCGGGGGCGGCGAAAUCCCCUUCCUUCGUUUGGCCUGUUUCCUUGGUUUUGUCUGUUUGGCUUUGUUUGCCGCGUUUGCACCUCCACUCUUCGUCCACACGUGGGUGGCAGGGCUGGACGGCCUGAUCUCUGAGGCCCGCUUCACCCGUCGUGGCUUGGCUAACUGGCCA